UUGUUUAGAUAUUGUCUUUGGUUUGUAUUCUUACCGUCAUCCACUAAGUAUUUUUAAAAAAUAUUUUGUUCCUGUAAGCUGUUGAAGCGAUCAAAACCUUACAUAAGGAAAAACAUAAAAAACGUUCCAUUAAAAUGAUGCCUGAACCAGAAAAUUGUCCUGGUGUGCAGACGCCCAACGCUGGUUUGGCUAGUGCCUGUCAGGGAUGCCCAAAUCAAAAAAUAUGCAGUGAUCCCAACAAAAAACUGGAAGAUCCUGGAAAAGCUUUGGUGGCUGCCGCAUUGAAAAAUGUGCGUAAUAAAGUUUUGAUACUCUCUGGAAAGGGCGGUGUAGGAAAGAGUACAAUAACAAUGUUGUUGACUCGCUAUUUAUCCAAAAAACACACCGAAAAUAAUUUCGGCGUUUUGGACAUUGACAUUUGUGGCCCAUCGCAACCACGUUUGCUGGGCGUAGAAGGGGAAAGUGUACAUCAAUCGGGCUCUGGUUGGUCGCCAGUUAGUGUUGAUGAUAACGUAUGUUUAAUGUCUAUUGGCUUCCUGUUGGGGUCGUCAGAUGAUGCUAUUAUAUGGCGUGGCCCUAAAAAGAACGGCAUGAUAAGACAGUUCUUAAGUGAAGUCGACUGGGGAACACUAGAUUUAUUGCUACUGGAUACACCACCCGGGACUUCAGACGAGCAUUUAUCUGUAGUAUCUUAUCUGCGUGAUGAUAACAACGAAGGGGGGGAUAAGUCGUUAAAUGCUAUUAUUGUGACGACACCGCAAGAAGUAGCUUUAUUGGAUGUACGUAAAGAAAUUAAUUUUUGCAAGAAGCAGCGGAUUCCUAUAAUUGGUGUCAUUGAAAAUAUGAGCACUUUCCAUUGUGGCUUCUGCGGGAAAUAUAGUGAAAUAUUUCCAGCGAAAACGGGGGGAGCGAAAGCAAUGUGUGAGGAAAUGAAUGUUCCUUACUUGGGAUCAUUACCUUUAGAUCCGGAGUUAGCAAAGCUAUGCGAUCAAGGAGAAGACAUAACUACACUGAAAAGCGAUACUGUCGAUGCACUGGAUCAGAUAUGCCAACACUUUGCGAACUUCUUUUGAUUAUACGAACAUUUUUUUACAACUAUUGUUAAGUAAUUAGAAAACGAAAAUUUAAAAAAAAAAUCUGGAAAUCAUAAUAAUAGAUGCUUGGGUAAAUUCCUACUUUGAAAGUA